AUGCCCAAAACAUUUGUGCCACAAUGCAGAUUCAACCAAUGUACUAGUAAAGGCAUGAGAGUUAACAUUCUUCCACUCCAAAGGAAAACUCCUAUACCUCAUUUCUACUAUCAACAAUUCCAGAUUGUUUUGAUCCAAAUAGUGCAGCAGUUAUCCUUAACUAUUAAGGUUUGUACUGGAGCCAAGAGUGAACAACAGUCAAAAUUGGCUGCUCGGAAGAUCAGAGAUGAGACAUAUGCUGCCUUUGAGAACAUAUACCCCGUUCUCACUGAGUUUCGGAAGGUUCAGCAAUGGUAUAUAAUUUGA